CCCAUUUUCAAAUUUGAUUCGAAAAUGUCUUCUUCGUUAACGUGCACUAAGCUAACGCUAUUCACCAUAGCUGGAGUUAUAAUCCAAACCAUUGGCCUCUCGCUUUUCGUUUAUGGAUUCUUUCCCGUCAAACCAGCCCUCUCCGGCUUCAGCGGUCCCGAGAGUUUCCUUGCGCCGACGUGUAACUCCGUGCACAACCAGAGCGAGAGAGAUCUGCCUCCGGACCAGCUCAAAGCGCUAUAUGAGGAACUGUCAGGAAUCCCUUCAUUUGACCGGCUAGUUUUAAUGGUUAUUGAUGGUCUUCCAGCAGAAUUUGUGCUCGGGAAGGACCAUCAGCCUCCAUCCAAGGCUUUGAUGGAAGCUAUGCCGUAUAUUCAGUCAUUGUUAGCAAAUGGAGCGGCAAUUGGGUACCAUGCUAAGGCUGCGCCUCCAACUGUUACAAUGCCUCGUUUGAAGGCUAUUGUUUCUGGUGCAAUUGGGGGAUUCUUGGAUGUGGCUUUCAAUUUUAACACACAGGCUCUAUUAGAUGACAAUCUUCUUGGCCAGUUUUUAAAGUUUGGUUGGAAGAUGGUAAUGCUUGGUGAUGAAACAUGGCUCAAGUUGUUUCCUGGAUUAUUUAUAAGGCAUGAUGGAGUUAGUAGUUUCUUCGUAAAGGAUACUGUACAAGUAGAUCAAAAUGUUUCUCGACAUUUGGUGGAUGAGCUAAGCAGAGAUGAUUGGGAUCUUCUGAUUCUACAUUAUCUAGGCUUGGAUCAUGUUGGACAUAUUGGUGGGCGUAAUAGCAUCUUGAUGGCCCCAAAACUUUUGGAGAUGGAUGAAGUGGUGAAGAUGAUUCAUACAAGUAUUAUCAUGAAUCAAGAGAAUGGCCAAGGAGAGACACUUUUGGUGAUAGUAAGUGACCAUGGCAUGACAGAAAAUGGUAAUCAUGGGGGUUCGUCAUAUGAAGAAACUGACUCCUUAGCUCUUUUUGUUGGCCUGAGAAAUCACAUCUCUGAUUAUGCAUCCUACAAUCUCAACACUGUUUCUCAGGUUGACAUCGCACCAACAUUAGCUCUUCUAUUUGGUGUGCCAAUUCCUAAAAACAAUGUUGGUGUUCUUAUCUCAGGCACUUUCGAGUCAUUUACAGAUGACCAACAGCUGAAAGCAUUGGAGUUGAAUUCCUGGCAGCUACUCAGAUUACUGCAAGCACAAUUACCUGGUCUGUCAUGUGAAAAUUCCCCGUGUGACAGCUUCAGUCAUGAUCAAGGGUCCAGAAAAAGUAAGUGCAAUGGGAGUAUGGAGAUCAUGGUUUGUUGCUUAUAUAGGAAUGCAGUAGUUCUUCACAAUUCCUGGAAGUCUAAGGAUGUCUCUAGGUCUUACAGUAGGGAAGACUACAGCAGCAUAGUUGCAGCAUAUUAUGAGUUUCUGAAAACUGCAAGUGAGUGGUUAUCACGCAGAGUCACUGAUAAACCUGUUAACCUACUUGCUUUUGGAGUUGCAGCAAUGCUGCUCUCGUGUCUGAUAUUGUUGUGCCUCAUAUUUCAUAUCUGCAAAGAAUUUUACUGUAGAGAGACGCAACAUUUUGACUCAAUCUCUGGCAUGUACACUUGGAAUUUAGCCGAGACUUUUAUUUUAGGUGUUAUGUUGAUCCUUGUUAUAAGUAUGGGUUCAAGUUCCAUGGUAGAGGAAGAGCAAUAUAUUUGGCAUUUUGUGACUUCCACAUUGGAUCUGUUGUUACUCCGUAAAACAAUGCAGUCUCUCCCUGCCGAGAAAUCACGAAGUUCAUUUAGAUUGUAUAAUGGAACUAAGAAAAUUGGUUUUCAAAUGUGUUCCAUCUUUGUGCUUGUUAUUUCUGGAAGAACUUUGAGAGGCUGGCAUCAAGGAGGCGUGAAUUGGACUUAUCUUCCUGACAUUUCUAAGUGGCUUGAGCAGGCUGGGAGCAAUUAUAUAAAAUUAAUUCAGCUAAUCUCUGGCCUCCUGAUGAUCAGCUUGUGCUUGUUUUCUCUAUCUUUAUUAGGGUUAAGGAGAAAACUUGUUAUGGUGGUUGGGUUUAGCUUUUUGGUGUCUGGCCUGUUGCUUUUGCAACAUAUCAUGUUAUAUCAGGAAAAUGCAUUUGUCUCAUCAAGUUGUAGCGCUACCUUGUGGGUACAAAUCAUCUUUGCAGUUCUGGGCAUUGCCACAAUUGGGACUUUCAUGGCCUUGCCUUGGCUUAUGCCUAUAUGUGUAUCUAGGACGUACUCAGGUCAUGAUAGCCACAUGUCAACUUCUGUUCCUAUUGAAAUACAAAAAAAGUAUCCACUACUGGAAUUGAAAGAUUCUUUAUUUGUGACUGGAUGGGCAUACAUGUUCUGUUGGUGUCUUCUGCAGCUACUGCUCCAACAACCAAUCAAUUCAGCGCCUAUAUUAUUGCUUCUUGUGCAAAUCUUUGCAAUCAUGAUUUACUCUUCUUAUUGGGGUCUACAUCAUAAGCAAUGGGUUGAGAUUGCUGCAUUGUACUAUUUGGGAAUGGCAGGCCAUUUUGCUUUAGGGAACAGCAAUACGUUGGCUACAAUUGAUGUUGCUGGAGCCUUCAUUGGCAUGUCAAGUUACUCGACACUACUUUCUGGCAUUCUGAUGUUCAUCAUCACCUAUGCAUCCCCCAUCUUAUUUCUUCUUAGCAUGGUUAUGUACAUCUCAGUGAAGGACACAAGCUAUCUCGUAAUUCCUCAGAAUGCUGAUUCUGGACAUCUUCUCAAGAUUAUGCUCGCAUUUCCCUGUCUAGUUCCACUGGGCGUGAAUUCCAUUCUCCUGACUGCAUACACAGUUGUAUUGCUGUUGAUGAGGAAUCAUCUAUUUGUUUGGAGUGUCUUUUCCCCAAAGUACCUGUAUGUCUGUGCGACAACUGUGUGCGUCUAUAUAGGUGUAUCUUCUGUGGCUGGAACCAUGAUUUAUUCAUUUUUGGUGUUGGCCCUCCGGAAAAGGAUGCAGGGCUCAUCUGGUAUUGACCCAAGGUAGAAUUUGGCCACCAAGAAACCCAAUUUUGAUUCUUAAAAACCUAUUCACGCAUUUUUUUUCUUCUUCUUCUUUGUUUUGAUUCAGAAAUCUGUCAUAAACAGCGAAGCAAGUGGGAAAUAGAUUACAAGGUUUUUUUCUAAUAAUUUUUGGGCACCGCAGAAUAGUUAGUCUUAAAGACCCCUAGAAUAGAUAGAAAUAGCCAUUUCUUUGUUUGAUUGCAAACUAUUCUUGAGAAUAGCCAUUCCCCCAUUAGAAUGACUAUUUACCUACA